GACCUAACGACCACUUUGCCCCUCUUGACCUGUCUUUGCUUCCACGUCUCAUAUAUAAAAUGCUAGCUACCUAGCUUAAGCUCCCACUCAUUUUCUACCAAAAACCUAAAAUCCUCCGUAUCACUCUGAUCCCUAUAAAUCGGGUACGUAAACUGAUAAACUCUGGUUCCUGUAAAUCGGGUACGUUAACAGUCUGGAAAAUGGGAACUCCGGGCCUAGGGCUGGAGAUAACGGAGCUGAGGCUGGGACUUCCAUGCAUGGGGGGCAAAAGCAAGGCGGCUGAGAAAAAGAGAGCGUUUUGGGAGAUUGAUGGAGAAGAAGAUGGAUCUAGUAGUACUACUACCGAAGAAAAAACGCAGAAGGUUGAGAGUGGUGGUAAAGGGAGUGGUAAUCAAGUUGUUGUUGGGUGGCCACCGGUGUGUUCUUAUAGAAGGAAGAACAGUUUCAAUGGCCGCGAGAAAGGCUCGAAGACGUACGUGAAAGUGAGCAUGGACGGGGCGCCUAUACUGCGUAAGAUCGAUUUGGGGCCUUUUGGGGAGUAUUCUGAGCUGACCAGGGCUCUUCAGAAGCUCUUCCACAGCUUUGACCACAGUGAGGCUGGUGAGAAAUUGAAGGAUGCUGAGAAUAAUGAAUACGUUACUAUUUAUGAAGACAAAGAUGGGGACUGGAUGCUUGUCGGGGAUGUUCCCUGGGAGAUGUUUACCGAAUCAUGCAAGAGAUUAAGGAUUAUGAAGAAUGCCGACGCUAAGGGCAUUGGACUCCAUGUUUAGAGCUUCUGAAGCGAACCAUGGGGGUUUUGCAUCAGUUAAUUAAUUUUGUUUUAUUGAUAUAUGUAAUGCUUAAUCAACAAUACUCAAGUAUUCUACAGAUUUUUUUUUUGUUUGAUUGCAAACUUGACCAAUAUCACAAUUAAGUUGUUGUA